GGAGAGUGGGGAACGGCCUGGGCAGGGCUGGCAAAUAACGUUUGUCUGGUGCUGCUGCUGUUCUUCAGUUCCUCGUGGCUUUUUUCUGGUUGUGUUCGCUGUGCAGCACAACAAUAGGUGGUGGUGGGAGAGGUCCUUGUCCCAGGAGACCACAGGCAAGCACCGAGCCAUGAACUGGCACUGGCUUUGCCAUCUGCUCUCCCAAUGGCCGCAGUGAAAUUAGGCGGUGUCCUUGCCUGUCCUCACAGGGUCUCUGGUGUCAGAGUGGUGGGAUCCUUGGUGGAACGGCCUGUCUGCUCUCUUCUGUUGUGGGUCAGGGGUGGUACACUUUGCUUUUGUUACCUAGAUAAGGUUUUAGUCGAGUCCUUGGGUUGGAGCAGUAGGCCGUCUGAUUAAAGUAGCUCACAUUUGUUUUCAGCUUCUGCGGAUUUCUUAGAAUGUUUUUAUUUAUGCAACUGGCUGGAUGGCCUUGUUGCUGUUUCAUAAAGUGCACUGCUUAAAAUAAACAAACAAAAACCAGUAUUGCAGUAGUACAUAGAUAGCAUCGCUGGACUGGGACCUGCAGUACCUUCUGCUGGAGGCAACCUGCAAGUGGUUCAGAGCUCUGAGAAAACUAUUGUUCAAACAGGCUGCCCAUGUAAUCUGCCGGGAGUAGUUGUACUUGUGGUGCUACAAUACAGUUAGCUUUUAAGUCCUUGGGGCAAAGCUCUGUUGGGAAUUAAGCAUCUAGUUGUACUUAGUAGACAUGUGUGCCUCUCCCAGCUUGAAUACCUCAUUCAAAGGAGGAAGCAAUAUGAUGGACCUCCCCCAUGGCAGCUGAAGAACCUCAUCUGUUCAGGUGCCCAAGGUUCAGUGCUGUUGGCAGCAGAGCUUUUCACAGCUGCUUGUUUUAAUUGCACUCCAAAUGAACAUGCCUAACUGCAAACCUUUAAAAGUCACCAGUGCAACUGUGGCAUAAUUUUCCCUUUGUCCAAGUGCACAGUGCUGUGAUAAAUACAUUAAUUGACCAGCAGUCCAUUCUGACUUCAGCUGUGCAGAAAUCCUACCAGUGUUAAGACCUGGAAGGUACAAAAAAAGAGUCAAGCUUAUAAUCUGGAACAGAAUUGGAAAGACUGUGAAGACAUUCUGCUUGACUGAAGGAAGUUGCUCAAUUUGUGGAGUGACUUAUGAUGUCAAGAACUGUAUCAUCCUGGAUCUUAAGCUCAGCGAGAAACAGCAUUGUCUUACAACGAAAAGGACGUUUGUACUCCAUAUGCAUCCCAAAUAGACAGAAAAUAAAAUGGAAGCUUGUUUUCUCCAAAACACUUCUCCACCCUGCUGCAAGCUGCAGCUUAGACAAUAUCUUCUUCUUAAAAAAAGCAUUCAGACACACCUCCACCGAAGAAGAACAAUUCUCUUUCCAGUUGUCUCCAUCACAGAUCAAUGAUAUUCUCAGAGCAGGUGAAUUAUCCCAUAAAAUAUUGGAUUUGAAUUGUAAAAAUACGAGUUCUGUGUUGAGAUUUGAAAGUAACCAGCUGGCAUCCAAUACCCCUAUUGAAGACCGCAGAAGUGCAGCCACUUGCUUGCAGACCAGAGGCAUGCUGUUUGGUGUCUUUGAUGGUCAUGCAGGUUCUGCAUGUGCUCAGGCAGUAAGUGAGAGACUCCUUCAUUAUAUAGCGGUUUCUCUCAUGUCUCGGCAAGCACUGGAAGAGAUUGAGCUUGCUGUGGAGUGCAUGAAACCAGUUAUGCCUAUUCUGCAGUUGCACAAGCAUCCGAAUGAUGUGGAGUACCGAGAAAUAACUUCACAGUACUUUGAGAAUCUGCGGGUUUACUGGCAACACUUACUGGACCUAGACAUCGAGCCAGGAUUUAGUUUAGAAGAAGCCAUGGUAAGUGCAUUCAAAAGGUUAGACUCGGACAUAUCACUGGAAGUUCAGGCUCCUCAGGAAAAUGAGUUGAUGAGAAAUAUUGCCCUUCAAGUAGCUUUUUCUGGUGCAACAGCAUGUGUAGCUCACAUUGAUGGUGUUCACUUACAUGUUGCAAACGCCGGUGAUUGCAGAGCAAUUUUAGGGGUUCGUGAAGAAGAUGGAACAUGGUCUACUCUUCCUCUAACGCGAGACCACAAUGCCUUUGAUGAAUUUGAAAUUAGAAGACUAAAGAGAGAACAUCCUAGAUCUGAGGAGAAAACUCUAUUUGUGAAUGACCGACUACUGGGGAUUCUCAUGCCCUCCAGAGCUUUUGGAGAUGUACAAUUAAAAUGGAGUAAAGAACUGCAACACAGUGUUCUUGAGAAUAGCUGUGAUGCUGAGGCUUUAAAUAUUUAUCAGUAUGUUCCUCCAAACUACCAUACACCCCCUUACUUAACUGCAGAGCCUGAAGUCACAUACCACAAAUUAAGAGGCAAGGAUAAGUUUCUUGUUAUUGCUUCGGAUGGACUAUGGGAGAUGCUCAGUAAUGAACAAGUUGUAAAACUAGUUGCUGGACACCUUACAGAGCUUAAUGAGCAGAAACCACAACUGGCUUUUGAGAAACCAGUUAAUUUGGGUUAUAUGCACAACUUGUUACUUCAGAGGAAAAACAGAGGCAUUGCCUCACUUGACCAGAACAUAGCUACUCAUUUAAUAAGGCAUGCAAUUGGAGAUAAUGAAUAUGGUGAGGUGGACCAAGAGAAACUUGCUGCAAUGUUGACACUGCCUGAAGACCUCGCAAGAAUGUACAGAGAUGAUAUCACAGUUACUGUGGUGUAUUUUAAUUCAGAAACAAUUGAAAAUUAUUACAGAAACAAUGAAUAGAUACUUGCACUGCUGCUGUUCUAUACUGCUAGUUGACUUUGAUACUGAGACCAUCACUGUCUUUCUUUGAUAGCCAAGCUGUUACCAGUGUUAUGGUCUGGAAGUUCCUAAACCUUUUUUCUUACUGACUAGUCUUGAAAAUAACCUCUCUAGAAGUGAAUUUGGUGAAAGUUCCCUGGCUUUCCCAGUGCGUACACACUUAAGAAAAAUGUUUUGAUGAAAGUUCACUGCAAUGCAACUGAGCUAAGGAUUGCUGACCAAGUUCUGAUUCCGUGGGAACCACUGGUAAAACUUUCCAAAUGAACAAAUGAGACACAUUUCAAUGAGAGUGGUAAAAUUUCAUAGGGAGAUGGAUAAUACCUGUAGCUGCAUGGAGUGUAGGAAAGGUCUGCUGUUGUGGAAAAUGAGUAGCAUCCUAUUGAAGCACUGUAAUGGAGUUAAAUAAACAAAACUUUGUUUGAUGUAACAGUGUCCGAUAUUUGACUUGUGUACAUGAAGCUUAUUUUUAAAGACAGCACUAUAGAAAAUGGUUCAGACAGCCCUGGAACUAUUGGACAUUGUUUUCCAUAUAGAUUUUUAAGAUAAGAAACAAAGCCAUAUUUUCUUUGGCAAUUAUUUAAGUGUGAAUGCCUAUCCUCUUAAUGGUGUGUGGAUUUGUAUGAUAACUUCAAACUCAAGAGCACAUCAGGGACUUCAUGGUCCCCUGCCUGGGAAUUAACAGUGCUAGACUUGGGCAUUUAUGCACCUACUUGCUUAAAGAAUAAAUCAUUUUCUUAAGUAUUGAUGUAUGAAGUGUUGCAUAUCAAAUCUGUCAACUGUAAUUUAAAUGAAGUUUGACAGAUCCACAAGUUCAGAAUUACAUCUAAAGGUAAAUAAGGAAAACACGCAGCACCUUUCUCUUCAGAUUUGACUUGGAAAUAAAAGUACUGGUGUUUCACCAAAAUACAUUUAAUCUUUACUUCUUGACUUUGGACAGGAGCUUGUUAUAGAUGCAGUUACUUUCUCUAAUGAAUGUAUGUUUUAAGCUCUGAAUGUAUUCUUUUGUGUAUUUUAUAACAAUUUUCUUUUAUACUGUUUUCAAGGGUGAUAAUCUAAAGCUUGCAAAUUAGCUGUAUUUUCUUAAAUUUCACAUAUGGUGUUCUCUGGUGGCUCUUUUCCUUGUUUAUGCUCUGCAGUAAUUGUUGCCAGCAAAAAUGUGGGCUAUUUACUGCUGUUGCUACCAAGAAAGAACCUGUGUGGGUGUGUCACAGCAGAUACAAAUAAAAUCACUUCUUUCCUCCAUUUCACUUAAAAUAAAAGCAUUAUCCUUCUGCACUUCAGCAGAU